CGAUCAUGGCGCGAUUGCGAUUAUCCCUUCUUUUGGCUUGUGUCACUCUCUUGUUGUGUUCGUUCUCUUCGACGUUCGUUCAAGCCCAAUCAGACAACGAUGCUCCACUUCAUACUGCAAAUCAUGUAAAACGUUAUGGCUCAGGAGCUCCCUACUGGAUGUCCGAAAUCACCAGGCAAGGCAAAGUUGUAUAUGGCACAAACUCUUCAUAUGUCGUCUGGAGAAAUGUCAUGGACUAUGGUGCUAAAGGUCAGUUUGAAAACAUUCAUAGCGAUAAACAUGCAUCUAACAGACCACAGNGCGAUGGCAUCACUGAUGACACCGAUGCUAUCAACAACGCUACCUACGAUGGCAACAGAUGUGCCUACCCUUGUGAUUCGCAGACCACCGCUCCAGCCAUUGUGUACUUCCCUCCAGGCACAUACGCUGUCAGUCGACCACUCGUUAUGCUCUACUACACCCAGUUUAUCGGAGACGCCAACAAUCUUCCUAUCAUUAUGGGUCUUCCAAACUUCUAUGGUAUCGCUUUACUCGAUUCAGAUCCUUAUUUGGCUUUCGGAUUCAGUUGGUGGGCUAACCAAAACAACAUGUGGCGCCAAGUUCGCAAUUUCGUCCUGGAUAUUCGCCAGAUCCCCCCUGGUGUGGCUCAUUGCUUGCAUUGGCAGGUUGCUCAAGGUACAUCGUUGCAGAACAUUGUUUUUGAGAUGACUGAAGGUGGUGAUGACAACGAGCAAAUGGUCGGUCUGCAGAACUUCAGUUUGCNNGGAAUCUUCAUGGACAACGGAUCGGCUUUGUACCUAGAAGACCUUAUCUUCAAUGGUGGAUCUGUCGGCUUCUUCUCUGGCAACCAGCAAUUCACUUGUCGAAACCUGACCUUCAACAACUGUCAAACUGCCAUAUACCAGAAUUGGAACUGGCUGUUCUCCUACAAGGAUGUUGUCAUCAACAACGCUCGAGUUGGUAUCAAUAUGACGCAAGGUGGAGAUGUUCCUACCACUGGGUCUAUUACUCUGCAGGAUGCGACCAUGAACAACGUUCAGAUUGGCGUCUCCACGACCUUCUCCACCAACUCAACACCCGCAUCCGCCGGCACUUUCAUCUUGGACAACGUAAACUUUGUCGACACUCCCAUUGCAGUCCAGCACUCUCCUAGCAAUAACAUUCUCCUCGAAGGAAAUCAAAGAGUUGCCUCCUGGGCUCAAGGCAGAGUCUACACCGCGUAUGAAUCUAGCUACGAAGAGAACAACAUGACUUGUUAUGGGCCUGCAGCCAACUACGCUCGUGUGCAACAGACUGUCGACCCUGCACCCAAGUCUCCAUCUCUCUUGAACGCUGAUGGAUCAAUCUUCACACGUUCAAGACCUCAAUAUGAAGGUGUUCCGGUUGAGAGCUUCAUAUCGAUCAAAACUUACGGAUGUGCCGGCGAUGGUGUCACUUAUGACACUGCAUGUGUGCAAAGCUUCCUGGAUUCUAUCACGCCCGAUCAAAUCGCCUACAUCGACUACGGCGCCUAUGUCAUUAGAGAUACUAUCAACUUCCCCAUCCCGAUCAGGGUUCAAGGCGAGCUAUGGCCUUAUUUCAUGGUGGAUGGCACCGCGCCCAGGUUCAGCGAUAGAAACAACCCCCAAGCAGCGUUCCGUGUUGGUGAGCCCGGUCAAGUUGGUGAUAUUGAACUUGUGGAGAUCAUAUUCCAAACCUUGGGUGCCGCUCCUGGUGCAAUCAUGAUGGAAUGGAAUCUCGCACAAUCGUCACAAGGUUCUGCUGGUACCAAUGGCACUCAAUUGCAAUCAUAUAACUGUGCCAAGACGCCAAAUACACCGACCACACCCAAUCCUGAAUGUUACGGUGCCUUCCUGCUCCUGCAUAUCACAAGGUCAGCAUCCAUGUACAUGAGCAACAACUGGGGCUGGAUUAACAUCUACACUGGCCGUGGAGUCUUGGUCGAAAGUCAGGGUCCUGUAUGGAUGUUGGGCACAUCGUUCGAGCAUAGCAUGCUUUACAACUAUCAAAUUUCUGGUGCGAAAGAGAUCUACAUCAGUGCUCUCCAAACGGAGACUGCG